CGGUGGAGGCCGCGACGUCCGGAACAUCCCGGUGCCCCCCACGGUUCUCUUCUGGCACGAGAGAGACCUGUGCCAAAAACAAGGGGAAACUCCUCCAUAUGGUUCCGUCCAGAUUAGGAUCUCCGACCAAGGACUGGGUGGUUGUUCGCUGCCAUCCCUGGCGGUCUGGAGGGAGAGCACCCGGGUUCCUCCAGUGGACAAAGAGAAGGCCAUUUUGCAAGGUCCGGCGGCGGGGAUGGAUUAUUCCUACGACGAGGAUCUGGACGAGCUCUGUCCCGUCUGCGGGGACAAGGUCUCCGGCUACCAUUACGGUCUCCUUACCUGCGAAAGCUGCAAGGGCUUCUUCAAGCGGACCGUGCAGAACAACAAGCAUUACACGUGUACCGAGAGCCAGAACUGCAAGAUCGACAAGACGCAGCGCAAGAGGUGCCCCUACUGCCGCUUCCAGAAGUGCCUGGCCGUGGGCAUGAGGCUGGAAGCCGUGCGCGCAGACCGGAUGAGAGGCGGACGCAACAAAUUUGGACCGAUGUACAAGCGGGACCGCGCCCUGAAGCAGCAGAAGAAGCUGCUGCAGCUGGAGCCGGACGAGGCGCAGGUCAAGGGCCGCAUCCUGGCCUGCCUGCAGCAGGAGCAAAACCCUCUUCGCCAUUGUGGAGUGGGCCCGCCAACCACGACGGCGCCGGACAUCCCCGACGUGAUUCUCAAGCUGCUGCAGCUGGAGCCGGACGAGGCGCAGGUCAAGGGCCGCAUCCUGGCCUGCCUGCAGCAGGAGCAAAGCAAGGGCCGCCACGAGAAGCUCAGCCCCUUCGGGCUCAUGUGCCGGAUGGCCGACCAGACCCUCUUCGCCAUUGUGGAGUGGGCCCGAAGCUGCAUUUAUUUCAAGGAGCUGGAGGUCGGAGACCAGAUGAAGCUGCUGCAGAACUGCUGGAGCGAACUGCUGGUUUUUGACCACAUCUUCCGCCAAGUGCAGUAUGGGAAGGAGCACAGCAUGGUGCUGGUGACCGGCCAGGAGGUGGACCUCUCAACGGUUGCCACCCAAGCCGGGUCCAUCCUGCACAACCUGGUGCUGCGGGCGCAAGAGCUGGUCCUUCACUUGCACUCCCUCCAAGUAGACAAGCAGGAGUUUGUCUGCUUGAAAUUCCUUAUUCUCUUCAGUCUGGAUGUCAAAUACGUGGAGAACUCGAGCCUCGUGAAAGACGCCCAGGAGAAAGCCAACGCCGCCCUGCUGGAGUACACGAUCUGCCACUAUCCUCACACCACGGACAAAUUCCGGCAGCUGCUCCUCCGGCUGGCCGACAUCCGGUCCCUCAGCAUGCAGGCCGAGGAGUACCUGUACCACAAGCACCUGAGCGGAGAGGUUCCUUGCAACAAUUUGCUCAUCGAAAUGCUCCAUGCCAAGCGGACUUGAGUUGCGCAUGCGCACAAGGGCCCCUCUCCCCCCCUCCCGUCCCUUCUGGGUAGUAGAGAGACUGGGGCAGGCGUGGGUGGUGGGAUUGAGGAUUGGGCCUGGAGGGGGCAAGACGGCACAGGGUAAGGGGGUGCAGUGCCUCACGGCCGCCCUGCCUCCAAGGCGGUUGGCCCCAGGAUCCUUGGCGUCCGCCCUCAGAAGAAGCUGCAGGCCGAUACUGUGGGUGCCAACAACCCUGCUCUUCUGCAUUGGGGGGGUGGCUGUUCCUUGGCUUAGCGCCUUCUCUUUCUGGUCCCUGUUCUCAGAGGGACUGGAAGGGGUUUGUAGGUUGGCCUUCCUUCCUUCCUUCCCAUUUGGAAAGAGUGAGGCUUGGCUCCGUGCGGCUGCCUUGGAAGAUUGUCUGGAGGCUGAUUCUCAGGAAGCAGUUCAGGGCAAAAGGAUGGGUUGCCUCCUGAAAAGGGGGGGCAGCAUCCUGCCAUCAUCAUCACUACCUGAACAGACCGCUUCUGGCCUAUAAAAAUAGGGGGAAAGCUUGGGCACAACCACUUAAGGGAAAAUUAUGCCCCCCUCCUUAAUUUCCUCUGUGGCUGGGAAGGAUGCUCCCAUCCCUUUUGUCUAUCUCCCGCCAGGGGUCUCAAAAAAACCCCUUUGCUUGAGUGCUCAGUUUUUGGGGACAUCCUAGGAUGAUCUUUCUCUUUGCCCUUUGAGCUUCAGAGCUGAGCCUAUAUGUUUUUUCCUUUGUUUGUUUUGUUUUGUUUUUGGCUUACACUCUAAUUCCAGCGAGCUCUCCCUUUUAGUCUUUCUCUCCUCCUCUCCGUUCUUUUUAAACUCUGCUUCGAAGCACACGCUCUUCCCAGAGUCUCCGCUGAGAGUUGGGAUGCUAUUAUUGUGUACCUUUGGAUUCUCUCUGUUUUGUCUCCUGCAGCUCCUCUUUUUGAGCCUUAGCAAAUAGGGCCCUGCCUUUGGGAUCCCUCCAGACUUCUUUGUACAAAUGUUCCCUCUCUGUGUUGCAUUGGGUUUUCGUUUUGAAGCCGCUUGGGUGAACCUCGCACCCUGCCGAAGUUCUCACUACAGCUCCCAUCGUCCUCAGCCAACAUGGCUGGUGAGGGUGAUGGGAGUUGGACGAUUCCUCCCGGUCUUUAGGACCAGCUUUAAAAGCCCUGACUGUUUUGCUCCCACCCUUUGGAAUCAGUUCUACAAGCCCACCCUUUCUAGGCUUCUGCGUGUGUGUGUGUGUGUGUGACUGAAUGCAAACACCUGCACAGAUGUGCACAGAUGUGCUUUAGAAGAGGUUGCUUUUCUGUUCAUUGAUGUGAAGGCAGCAUCUUUGCUAUAGGCUGUACACAUCCUGGUCCAUAAAAACCUCCGAUACCCACAACCGUUUAAAAACAAGAGUGCGUUCUCUCCAGACCAGGUUUGUGUGGGUGUGUAAAGAAGAGAGAAACCACUGGGUGGGAUAUUCAAGAAAGAGAGAUGGAGACCCUCUACAUGACACAGGUUGUGUCAGUUUGAUACCAUUUAUCACAGCUCCAUCUCAACAAAAUCUUGGGAUUUGUAUGUAUAGCAAAAUCUCGAUGGCAUGUUCUAGUAUUGGAAUUUGCAGUUUGGGGACGGGCUUAAGAGUUCUCUGCCAGAGUUCGGGAGGCUUUGCUAGCAGACAUUUCUACAUACCCCCUAUCUACCAAUCCCAGGAUUUUGGGGAAUGGAGCUAAGAUCGAGUGGUCCCAAAUGGCAAUAAACGUGCAAUGUAGAUCAGACAAGUGAUUUUUUUUUCCUGAACUGGGCUGGACGGUGUUGUUCCUGCAGCGAAUCUACUCCUUGCCUUGUGUUGGGUUUGUCAGGAGCAUUUCCAUCCCCUUUUUUGUGCCAUCAAGGGUCACCGCAGCAAUGGCUUUCUGCACCUCCACAAACAUGUUGCUACCUUUUUUCCGUUCCUGUGACGUCUGGACUCUGUUCGGCAUAGACGUGCAUGAGUGCAGUGGUUUGAAAUAGCUGGAGAACAUAGUUUGAAUGUGUCACUCUCUCUCUCUCUCUCUCUCUCUCUUUCUCUCUCUCUCUGUGAUCUCUCUCUCUCUCUCUUUUGGUUUUUCCUUUCUUUCUCGAAACGAAAAAGUGUCCUUAAGUGUUUCCCUUUUACUCCCCAGAGGGGGUUAAGAUGAGCUCUCUUACCAAAUGGAAGACAUUCCAAUAAAUUUUACGAUUCACUUAUA